CGGACGCCCAGGAAGCCCCGAGGCCGGGAUGGGUGCCGCGCCGACGCCCCCUGGCGGACGGCUCCCCGCCCUCGCCGGCCCGCGCCCAACGCUCGGCUCCUGGAAGCCGGCGGCCGGAUGCCCUGCGGCCGCACCGUCCUCUGCCUCCUGGCGGCUCUGGCUGCCUGUGGCGCCGUCGCCUUCCUCGGCUACUGUGUGUACUUCGACCGGAAGCGGCGUGGAGACCCCGCGUUCAGGCGCCGCCUGCGGGACAAAAGAAGAGCCCAGCACCAGAAGGCUGAGGGACGGGGCGCCCAGGUAUGGGAUCCAGCAAAGAAUGAAAAAUUGCAAGAACUUUUUCUGCAAGAGGUACAAAUGGGAGAACUUUGGUUAUCCAGAGGAGACCUUCGAUUGGGGGUUGAACAUCUCAGCAAUGCCCUUUUAGUGUGUGGACAACCAGAGGAACUUCUGAAGGUUUUCAAACACACACUCCCUCCUAAGGUAUUUGAGAUGCUGUUGCACAAAAUUCCCCUUAUUUGCCAGCAAUUUGAGACAUACAUGAAUGAACAGGAAUACUUGGAGGAUGAUCGUGAUUGAAAAACAUUUCAACGUAUCCACAGUCCAGUCAGAAUACUAUGGUACUAUAUAUAGUAUAAACAACUGCUCAGUGAUAUUUCCAUUUAUUUUACUUUUAGUAAUAAAAAAUUUUUUCUAUCUCA